AUGGCACAGCAAGUUGGCGAUCCGCUGCCCCCAGGAGAUUAUUUCGGCGUCAGUGUGUAUCUCCCAACAUGGAAAGACACAUUGGCGUGGGCUCAGCGAGAUCCAGAAUUCCUGGCUACACUAAAAACUGGGUAUCCUCGAUUCUUUAUUCCACGAGUGGUAUUGGAGUUAGCCACGCGAGUACUGGAGCGCACUCAAAUCCCCUUCACCGAGCCCCAGUUCGCUAUCCUUACAGCGACAUACCGGGCUGCCGAAUGUUGUCGGUCGUACUUUGCAAAAGUCGGCAACCACGAUAGUCAAGUCAUCUGUUUUCGAUUUUCAGGUGAAAUUACCGUGCUAAAAGAAGGAGGAGGAGGAGGAAAUAUACCCUCUGAUGACACUCCGGACAAGCAGUUGUAUGCCAUAACAUACCCGGAGAGGUGGGCAUCUGAAGGUAAAGCAUUCUGGCAACAUACAGGAUCAGGUAUAACCAGUCGAUGUGCUGUUUAUUGGUUGGAGCAUGCGCCAUUUCUUGAGAAUCGACAAAUCUAUACCGAGAAGACCCCGGCAAAUUUGCCGCUUGAAGAGGGGAAUAAAGCCGUGAUCUCGAUGCGCCAGCGGAUUGCAGAGUCAGUGUCAUCUCAAUCUCUUCUCGUUCAAAUCGACGAUGUGACUCUAUAUCCGGCUGGUAUGUCGGCUAUCAGUAACAUUUCACUGUCCAUACGCAGCUUGUUUGAUAGACAGGACGGGAUUCACAGAGUGGCAGUUUUCGGAUUCCUGUAUGUCGACACAUUUAAAGUCCUAGGCAAGAUUCAUAGCAUGGAUUGUACCUUAUAUGGUCAUGGAACAACAGAGAACCUAGAUGCAUUGGAAAACGAUUUGGAGAAGGGUUUGGUUAUUGAUGCCUUGUAUACCGAGUUUCCCGGCAAUCCUCUCCUACGGUCACCGGACUUGGAACGCAUACAUCAACUAGCCCAAAAGCAUGGAUUCGUCGUAGUAGUGGAUGAUACAGUUACCACCUCUGUCAAUCUUGCUCUUUUCCCCUACUGCGACGUCAUCUGCACGAGCCUGACCAAGAUGUUUAGUGGAGCUUGCAACGUUAUGGGUGGAUCGAUCGUUCUUAAUUCUCAGUCGCCAUGGUUCUCUAGGUUAGAAUCCGCGAUGCUGAAGCACAAACCAGAACCAUACUUUAGCCUUGAUGCUAUUGUCAUGGAGAGAAACAGUCGAGAUUUCACAGAGCGUGUUCUGAAAGCCAGUGCUAAUGCUGAUAUCAUCGUCGAUAUGCUCAGAGGGCAUCCAUCAGUCGAUGAGAUAUUUUACCCAAAAGGCAGCUCGUCUCAGAAUCUUUACGAUAAGUUUCGAAGAAGCGAAGGUGGAUACGGCUUCCUUGUGUCAAUUCGGUUUGUAACGCCCGAAGCUGCGAUUGCGUUCCAUGAUGCGCUGGACGUAGCCAAGGGACCAAGCCUUGGGACAAACUUCACACUUUGCUGUGCAUAUACGUUGUUGGCGCAUUACUCAGAGCUGGAAUGGGCGGCAGAGUAUGGAGUGGUUGAGCAUUUGGUUAGGAUAAGUGUAGGUAUCGAGAGUCAGGAUCUUCUCAGGAAUAUUGUAGAUCGUGCCCUUGCUGCUGCGGAGAAUGCCCUCAGUGUCUUGAACGGAUCCUAGGAUGCAUUCGUGCUGGAAAUUAAGGGUUUAACCCCACGUUUGUAAGAAUAAAAACGAGCCCGACUCAAAAGGCAUGCAGUAC